AGUCCUCGUACCAGAGAGGAGCGUAGUAACAUAGUACAAUUUCCUGUAAAACAUGAUAACUGUAUAUGCAACGAAAGUUUAACUUGGACAGAUGGUGAUAACCGAGCGAGAAGAUGGAGCACAUAAUAACGCCAAAGGUGGAGUAUGUGAAACUACAGAACAGGUACCCAAAAAAGAAGUCUCCACUUGGAACUCUUUACCUGACUGCUACUCACCUUAUCUAUGUGGAACAAACCAACAACACGCGCGAAGAAACAUGGGUGCUACAUCAUCACAUUGCAUCUGUAGAGAAGCUUCCACUAACCUCAUCCGGAUGUCCACUCCUGAUCCGCUGUAAAACCUUCCAGCAGCUUCAUCUGAUGUUUCAAAGAGAGAGAGAGUGUCAGGAUGUCUACCAGUCACUGCUGCACCUCUCUCAACCAGUCAAAGAGGAGGAAUUGUAUGCGUUUCUCUAUAAUCCGCACCAAAGCCAGGAGGACAGGCUGCGGGGUUGGGAACUCAUCGAUGUGGCGAAUGAUUUCAUCAGGAUGGGCCUCUCCAAUGAAUACUGGGAGAUCAGCCACCUCAACAGGAACUAUGAGAUCUGUAGCACUUAUCCAUCUGUCCUAGGACUCCCCAAAAGUGUCAACCUGGCUAUUGUAACAGGCAGUGCCAAAUUUAGGAGCCGAGGCAGACUGCCUGCUCUGUCUUACUAUCACAAAGAUACAAAGGCUGCGAUCUGUCGCUGCAGUCAGCCAUUGUCUGGUCUGAACUCUCGCUGCGUGGAAGAUGAGCAGAUGCUUCAGGCCAUCAGCCAAGCGAACCCCAACUGCCCUUUUAUAUAUGUAGUGGACACACGGCCUAAGUUAAAUGCAAUGGCUAACCGUGCAGCUGGUAAAGGCUAUGAAAAUGAGGGCAACUACUCCAGUGUCAGAUUCCACUUCCAAGGGAUUGAAAACAUCCACGUCAUGAGAAGCAGCCUGCAGAAACUGCUGGAGGUGUGUUCUCUGAAGUCCCCAUCCAUGAGUGACUAUCUGACAGGGCUGGAGAACUCGGGCUGGCUGAGGCACAUCAAAUCUGUGAUGGAUGCGGGUGUGUUCCUCGCCAAGGCUGUUUCUGAGGAGAGGGCAAGUGUGUUAGUGCAUUGUUCAGAUGGUUGGGACAGAACCACGCAGGUAUGCUCUCUGGCUUGCAUUCUGCUGGACCCAUACUACAGAACCCUCAAAGGAUUCCUGGUUUUGAUAGAAAAGGAUUGGAUCUCUUUUGGUCAUAAAUUCAGUCACAGGUGUGGCCAUCUGGACAACGAUCCAAAGGAAGUGUCUCCCGUGUUUACUCAGUUCCUGGAGAGUGUGUGGCAGCUAUCAGAACAGUUCCCCUGCACGUUUGAGUUCAACGAAAGUUACCUCAUAGAAAUCCACAACCAGGUCUAUGCCUGCCAGUACGGAAACUUUAUCGGCAAUUGUCAGAAAGAGAGGCUGGAAAUGAAGUUGCAUGAAAAGACCUUUUCCUUGUGGCCGCACCUUCUGGAGAACCAGCAUCAGUAUCGAAACCCCUUGUACCGGCAUUCAUUAAAGAGCACAGUUCUUAGACCCAGCACUUUACCACUGCACUUCAAGUUCUGGUGUGGGAUGUAUAACCACUAUGACAAAGGCAUGCACCCAAGACAGUCUGUUCUAGAACAGCUACUGUCCCUCACUCAGAAGCAGGUAGAAGGAGAGAGGUCCAUGACUGAUCUCCAAAGACAGCUGGCAGUUGCCGAUGGGGUUAUCCCUGAUCUAUCUGGACCAAUGAACACACCUGCAGAAAAGCACAGCGAAAGUGAGAGGACACCCACCACUCCUGUUAUCCAAUCCAGCAGAAGCUGCACUCCUUUGACUAAUGGUGCUGCGGAGGAGGUGGGGCCAGAUUCAGAACAUUGCAAAGAGAAAGAAGGGGUGGAGCCAGCAGCCACCAAACAUGAUCUGACCUCUUCAAAGGACAAACCUGUUUCUGUGGAAACCGAACAUUCCAAAGAGGAGGUGCAGGAAUCCUCUUGAGUCUCCAUAGAAACAGAACAGACAUUUUAACUGAAAACCCCAAAGAACAAAUGUCCAGAGUAUUAGGUAGUCUCAUACAGCACUGUCACCAAAGCAGAGGCCUCUAUAUAGGACCAAAACUAAAAAGAAUAAGAGCUAAAAUGAAACAAACAGCUGCUGCUCACCACACAACAAUUUGCGAUUUGUCUGUUGUUAGAGCUUUUAAGCAGUAGGCACAUAAUUUUGCCUUAUAUUUGUUCACUUGAACAUUCAUGAAACGUUGGAUCAGUUCUUGAAUUUGGGUUUGUUUUCUAGUGUGUAAGGCAUUCAGAUGGACUGUUUGAGUCAAAGCCAUAUGUUUUGACUAUACACUUAUGUGAUUAGAAAUCACCUUAUUAGUAGACCUUGUUUUUGCUUAAAUGCAAUUCUGAUCAAAUCCAACCUUUCUCCCUAUUGUGUGCCAUAGACUGCCCAUUUCAGUUGGAUGUGUUUUUUUUUUUAUAUGUCUGUUUUAAUUUCACUGUUCAGAUAAAAAUGUAAUAAUUUUCUUAACAAUUUUUUUUUUUUUUUUUUUUUUUUACAUGUGCAUUUGAAGAGUUUGAACCCUGAUGCUAAUUGAUUCAGACACAUGAGCAGCUGAUCUGAAAUUUAGGUAGAACACUCUAAAAGAAAUGGAUCAAAUUGACUCACUAUAUGCACCAUAUGCACUAUAUGCCUGUACUGAAAAAAGGGAAACAGCAUGCUUACUGAGUGCUGCAAAUUGAAUGCACUUUGCUAGACUAGAUAGUACUUUUGACCAAGCUUUUGAUUACAUAGUUCUAUAUUUUUGCAGAAUACGUUUUCUUUUAAAGCCUUUUUUAAUAAAGGACUGAAUGUGUAAUGGAAAUGUAGUAUUGACAUUGAGCCCCAACUGCUAUGAGUCUCAAGAGUGUUGCACAUUCUCUAAAAAUGAUUUUGGUUUUGUGUGAACUGCAAGAUCAACACAAAUUUAAAAUGCAUCCUUCAUGAGAAGUCAUAUGGUGAUUUGUUUCAUUUAUUUAUUUUUUUAUUGAUUAAAUGCAACCCAAUAGUGCAAAGGGAAAUUAAAUUGAGCCAGGGGAGAUGUUACCACUGAAAAGUACUGAAAUGAUGCCAAUCUGUGGAUACGUUACAUAUUAAUAUAUAUAUAUAUA